CCAACACAUACACAGCAGAAUGGCUAACAUCGCGGUGCAGAGGAUAAAACGGGAAUUUAAAGAAGUCCUGAAAAGUGAAGAGACGAGUAAAAACCAGAUCAAAGUCGACCUGGUGGAUGAAAACUUCACAGAACUGAAGGGGGAGAUCGCAGGACCGCCAGACACGCCUUACGAAGGUGGUCGAUAUCAGCUCGAAAUAAAAAUUCCAGAAACAUAUCCGUUCAAUCCACCGAAGGUACGCUUCAUCACGAAGAUCUGGCAUCCCAACAUCAGCUCAGUAACUGGUGCGAUAUGCCUGGACAUCUUGAAGGACCAGUGGGCGGCGGCUAUGACGCUCCGGACGGUCUUGCUCUCGCUACAGGCUUUACUGGCGGCAGCAGAACCAGACGAUCCACAGGACGCAGUGGUUGCCAAUCAGUAUAAGCAGAACCCAGAGAUGUUUAAGCAGACGGCUCGACUCUGGUCACACGUUUACGCCGGCGCGCCCGUCUCCAGUCCGGACUACACGCGCAAAAUAGACAAACUGUGUGCCAUGGGCUUCGAUAAAAACGCGGUAAUAGUGGCGCUGUCGUCGAAAUCCUGGGACGUGGAGACGGCGACGGAGCUGUUGCUGAGCAACUGAACCCCGCCCUACCCCUGAACACUGCCCUCCCCAUCCGAAAUCCACCCCACAUCCACCCCCGACUCCGCCCGCAUCAGAGCCAGAUCCACAUCCACAUCCCUUAUGGAUAAAGUGCACCUUGACUUUUUCAUCUCUCUCACGUUCUUUUCUACAGACCCCCCCUCCUCCUCCCAAUUCCACCCCCCUCUACCAUCCUUCUUCAUUUGUUUGCCCCCCCCCCCCACCCCUCCUUAUUUUUGUUUACGUGUGCCUUCCCGUGUCUCCAUCAUGGAAUGUUCUCGCGUCUAUUUACCAGUCAGAUCAAAGAAUUCACUCCUGACCUUCCUCCUCAUCAUCAUCAUCAUCAGUUUCACCCCGAGGCUGGACGUUCUUAAGUCUCCUCUUUAUUCACACAAUCUCUCUCUGUGGAAUAUUCCAUUUUUACAGUGACAGUAAGUCAAACUAACGAAGGUCGAAGGUCGAAGGUACACACACUCGCUCACACACACACACACACACACACACACUCUUCACAGAUCAUGUUAUCUCAAGCAAUCAAGACUGGAACGAAGCGAAAGUGAAGACGUGGAGAGAGCGGCCGCAGAUGAGCAGGAAGUGAAAUCAUGUGUAAAUAAAGCUGUUAGUCUGUAUAAAGUAAAGCAACGUGGCGACACUUUUAUUUAUUAUUGUUUUAAAGAAACGCUGAAAUAAACUCAACAGUUUCGUGGCUAAUGGAGAAAGUUCUUCGUCCGAGUGUGUGUGGGGGUUUUUUUGUUUCGUUUGUUUGUUUUGGGGUCGGGGGGGGAGACAAGUCUUUCGAUGUGAAAUGAUUCUGUAAAUGUAAACGAGAAGAACCGCAUGAAACAAAGUUCCUCCUUUUUCUGACUGUUAAUAAAAAUGAUUCCAAAUUCUAA